AAUGAAUUAAUAAAAUAAGAGAAAGUUCAAUGUUCUUGAAUACCUUAGAAAUCCAUAUCAUCUACCUCCAAAAUAAGAAAAAUUUGAAAUUCCUCAAACUUCUAAAGUUGGCUCAAGGACUCAUUAAAGAAGAUUCUACCGACCAUAUAAACACAAGACUCUCUUCCCUGAAUUAAAUAGUACCAAUGCACUCUAUUUGAGCAAAACUAGUCAAUAAUUUAGACAAUCUAGAAAAGAAUGGUAAGAUGAAUUAUAGACAUGUCUUUAAAGUUAAUCAGUAAUAAUAUUCCUCUUAUUCUAAAGAUUAGAGGAGUCCCUAAUAAAAGCAAAGUCUCCUAAUUUUUUGUUAAAUCAUUACACAAUUCUUCCUCCAGUUUAUUGCUAAGAAAACCAUUACCAGAAUUAAAACCAUUAUUGGAAAUUUAAGCCCAAAAAUUAUUUUGA